AUGGCGUCUGUCUUCUUUUCUGCUGAAGGUUUUAACCCGUCAUGGAACGAAAACUUCCAGUUUGACGUGUACGUGCCGGAGCUGGCGGUGGUGCGAUUCCUCGUUGAAGACUACGACUCCACGUCUGAUAACGAGUUUGUCGGACAGUACACGCUUCCGCUCAGCAGCUUAAAAAUGGGAUACAGACACGUCCCUCUGCUCAAUAAGGACGGAGACGUCCUCCACUCAGCUGGACUCUUCGUUCACAUUAUGGUCGUUGACGCUGAGUAACGUCACCAACGCGCCUCCACAGGACAUCUUCACGCAGCCACGUUCAGCUGUUUUUAAUUAAAGUUUUGCUCCGUAGUUUUAGUUGAUCGUUAGUUUUAACAGCUGCUUUAAAGGGACACAUCACCCUGAAAUCAAAAAUGUGUAUUUUCCCUCUUCCCUUUGGAGAUAUCUGCCGUCUCUUUAAUGUAACAGAAGCACUCGGUUUGUGGUGCACAAAAAAAGAAAAACAUAUUUUUAAAAACUCAGUAGUAAUCAGCUCAGGUUUUAAGCCCGUUACAAGUAAAAUUCAAAAGCUGCCGUGACAUUAAUGACUCAGGUAACCCUGAAACCCGAGCAAAUCAAAAGAGGGAUGAAGUCAAGCUAAUUUUCUCAGGUCUCAAAGGUCUCGGGUUUCCCCGUUGGAACAGUAAAGUAGUUAAAAUACUCUCAAUAUAGAGUACACUUAAAAUAAUAUUUAUUUAUUUGUUAAACUGGGACUUUUUUAGGUGGCAAACAUCUGUUUACAUCCACAGCAGAUACAGACACAGCACAUAUCUAAACUUUCAUUUCAGCCUGUUUCUCCAAACAUUUCAAAAAUUUACAAAAAAAUGAAUCAAACUCACCAGCUGUGGGAUCCGUCUUUGUGGUCCUCCGUGUGCUCUGGUUUCACUGCUGCAAGGCCACGCCCCCCUCACCUGUGUGGACCAGCACACCUGAAGAGUGUGUCAGGCAGGAGUGAGACGCAAUAGGUUAAUCUUAAUAUUAAACCCUCUAAAAAUAACACACAAACAUUAUUUUUUUACCUCCGUGCUCUGAUACACACAUAUUUGCAGUGGGACCGCUGAUGCACGGCAGAGUCACAGAUGUAUGAGCUGACGCUGGACAAACACGGCGAUUCACCGUAACUGCACGAUAACAUUAGUGACGGUAUUCUUCCCAGUUUUCAUGCAUUUCUCAUGAUGCAGAUUGUGUUUUUUAGGUGGUUUAACAAGCAAAGUUUGUACGGUGAUGAAAAAUCUGUCAGAAAUGUAAAAAUGAUGUUUUUGUUUCUGCAGUUUCUGGCUGUGAUGAAUGGUUUAAUUGU